UCUCAGAAACCAUAAGUAAUGGCUAUCCAACCACAUUCUCCUCUUGAGCUCGAGCCAUGGAACAAUUUGAACGGCAAAGUAGUGAUGGUGACCGGAGCCUCGGCCGGGCUCGGUCGAGAGUUUUGCCUUGAUCUUGCCAGAGCUGGAUGCAAAAUCAUUGCUGCCGCACGACGUAUCGAUAAACUCCAAUCUCUCUGUGAUGAAAUUAAUCGACUCGAUUUCUCGACCUCCUCAUCAUUGGAAGCCUCGUCGUCCUCUUCCAUGGCAACAGUGGAGAGCCGUCGAGCUGUGGCUUUGGAGCUUGAUGUUAGUACCGAUGGAAAGAGUAUUGAGAAGUGCAUAAGAAAAGCUUGGAGUUCUUUUGGCUUUAUUGAUGCCUUAGUUAACAAUGCUGGUUUGAGAGGUACAGUAAAGUCUCCAAUGAAUUUAUCAGAAGAGGAAUGGAAUGAAGUAAUGAACACAAAUGUUAGAGGAUGUUGGUUGGUAUCAAAGUAUAUAUGCAUUCACAUGAACAAAGCCAAUCGUGGUGGUUCCAUCAUCAAUAUUUCUUCCAUUUCUGGUCUUAAUAGAGUUCAACAAUCUGGAUGUAUUGCCUAUUCUUCUUCAAAGACAGCCUUAAACACAUUAACAAAGGUAAUGGCCAUGGAAUUAGGAAGACACAAAAUCAGAGUGAAUUCUAUAUCUCCUGGCCUGUUUAAAUCUGAAAUUACAAAGGAUCUUAUGGAAAAAGAUUGGCUUAAGAAUGUAGUACAAAGAAUAGUUCCUUUACAAACAUUAGGAACUUCCGAACCCGCAAUAACGACACUCAUUCAAUAUCUACUGCAUGACUCAUCCCAAUACGUCUCGGGGAACAUUUUCAUUGUCGAUGCAGGAACUACUUUACCUGGUAUUCCAAUUUUCUCAUCCCUUUGA